CCACCACUGUGGAUGACACCGCAAACGAUAAUAACAGUAGUUGCGACGAAAACUCUCGCAAAGCGAGUACUGUCAGCACGGAUUACACAUCGCACGAAAACACACCGGAAAACACCAUUACGUCCGGUAGUAAUAUGAAAAUGUUGCAACAACAAUUAGACAGCCGCGAACCAAAUCCAGAAGAGUCAGAUGUGAGCAAUCAGCAACAGCUGCAAUCGACGGAUUGCACAACCGAAGGAAUGGUGCCCGAUGGUGAUCAACAGACAUUCUCGUCUUCAGUGCCAUUAACAACAGCCGCAACCGCAACAGUAACCGGCGACGAAUUUCCAUGCCCUUCUGGGGAAUCUUCUAGUCAAAUAAUACAACAACACACGACCAACAGUGUGCUUGAUGCUACUAACAGCAGAAAACAGUCACAUCAGGAUGAUGGAUUAAUCGCAACUGCUCCCGUGGUCACUGACAAUUGCAACAACGUUGAAUCACCAUCCAUAGAGCAAAGUAAAACACCAGUAGUCGCGGUGACUCCUCAGCUGAAAGAACGUAAAAUGUCCCGUUUCUCAGUGACACCCGUAGUGCUGCCUGUGGCUUCAUCUGAUGAUCAACAGCAGAGUGUGGUGCUGUCGGUAGUGGAUUCCUCCAAUCCUUUUCCUACAGAAUCGCAACAACCACAGGAUGGCACAAUACCGGCGGGUGGUUCAGGUUUUCAAUCGAUACCACCUUCCGCUAGCCUAGCAACCGAUGGGAUAUCACAAGCUCUACAACCGAAUGCAUUCAAUGAUGCUCUGCUUCAACAGCAGCAGCAACCACAACCGAAUAACUUCAAUGAUGGGUUGUUACACCAGCAGCAACAGCAGCAAAUCUAUUUACAACAGCCAUCGCUAGCAGAUAUGGCAGCCAUUCAGCAACAGCAGAUUUAUUUGCAACAACAAACAUUAGAUAUGGCAAUACAACAGCAACUGCAGCAGCAACAGCAACAACAACAACAACAACAACAACAACAACAACAGCAACAACAACAACAACAACAAUUACAACAAGAGCUUCGCCAAGCUGUAUUACAGCAGCAUCCUACUAUGAACCCAAACGAUGUGGCUGUAAUGGCUGAAUAUGAGCUUCAACAACAUUAUUUUCAACAACAGCAGCAACAGCAGCAGCAGCAGUUGCGACAAGAAUUUCAACAAGCGAUAAUGCAGCAACAACCCACAGCCAACCCUAGCGAUGUAGCUGCAAUGGCUGAGUAUGAGCUUCAACAACAUUACAACAAUCUCCAGCAACAACAGCAGAUUCAGGCGCAGAUGCAGCAACAACACGCUCAACAGCUUCAACAGCAGCAACAACAACAGCAGCAGCAGCAACAGCAGCAGCAGCAGCAACAGCAGCAGCAAGCGCAGAUAGUUCAGAUGGCAAAUGCCACCAAUCCUCAAACUAGCGGAGUCAUGUCCACUCAAACGUCGGUCGAUCAAGGCUCAUCGCGUGAUUCUCUACCGAGCCGAAUGCCAGAAACGUUGGAACAGUUAAAGAUUGGUUUGGAAAACAUAACCCACGUCCACGUAAAUACGAGCAAAUCCAGCGGCGGGGGAUCUGCUAGCCUCUCGUCCCAGGCCAGCGCCACAGCUUUAUCAGCGAUGGUUUCCCCACAUCCUUCACAGUACCCGCUGCAGUCACAGGGAAUAGGUGAAAACUCACAGCAGCAGCAGCAGCAGCAGCAGCAGUUGUCGCAACCACAGCAAGUGGUCUUUUAUCAAUCGCACGAAUAUAUCAUAUCUGACCCGAACAGUGGUAGUGGACAAACGGAGGUAUUAAUGGACCAAAGCAGAUCGCAAGAGUAUAUCGUUGAAGGCGCAAGCUAUGCCGCCGUAGUGGCAGGCGAUUUUCAAGCGCAACCCGUACAACAAGCGGUACCGCAACAGCAGUCGUAUGAACCAUCCGCUGUUGUAGGACUGCAGACGCAACAGGCAGGCGAAUUGAGACGCGCAUCUAUGGAGCAAGCCUCCACAACAGCCAUCGAUUUAGUCGGAGGCAAUGGUCAAGGAUUGAUCACCGAUUCCAUACCAGGUAGUCAUGCUGUUGGCAGCGGUAAUUCCAUUGCUGAUGGUUCCAUAAAUGCAGUUCUACUUCGAGAGCAAGAAACGCGACUGUCGAAUCAAGGGAGUGUAGAUCGGAUCGAUAGCUCAUCAACCGCAAGCCAAACAUCGCUACCAGAGUUGCAACUAAAACUGUCCCAAUUGGCAGUAAGCACGACGGAUUCAUCAUACAGUGGAAUCAACGGCAGUGAGCAACAACCAUUGCAGGCACAGCCAUCUUCCGUGACAAGUCCUUCGAUUGAACAACAACAAAAAGAAUCGAAAUUUUUAAACGAAGCAAAACCCCUUAUACGUAAAGUGUCACGCUUCCAGGUACAAACCGUGCAAGAAUCUCCCCGCACAGUAGAGCAACCAGCAUCCGCAGGCCAGCGCGAAUCACAGCCAGCAACCGCCGGUAGCAGUAGUAGUAACAGCAGCAGCAAUAACAACAUCAUGAACAAUGGUAGCAAUCCUAAACCAUUGCUUGCCGUGAUGGCACAAUCUAUCGAUACUCAGCAACGUGUAGCGCCAUACUCAUCGCCGACGGAUGAGAAAUCUUGUCAAACGUUCCCCGCAGUCCAACAGCAGCACGUUAUGAUGCAUGGUGGUGGAGGGCAGGUGUGCGAGGUACCUACAACUAACGACCUGGAAGUAAAACUCAACCAAGUCAUCCCAAAGACCCCAACUCUCGAGGUAUCGGCACCGACGUUCAACACGCCCGUAACACAUAUACAACAACAACAACAACAACAACAACAACAACAACAACAACAACAACAACAACAACAACAGCAACAGCUACAGCAACAACAGCAACAACAGUCAACGUCAUCGUCUUCCUUCGCUCCUCCAGCGACAAUUCCGGGCCAGCCUAUGUUACCACAUCAGCUACAGCAACAACCUACUCAGGCUCAGCUACCACUGCAGGUUACCGCGACAAACAAUGGCACGCCUCAAGCCGCGACGAUGAUGGACGGAUCGACCGUAUACAGUACGAUGCCAUCGGUUAAUGCCGCCGCUAGCUUACAACAGAUACCUACGGAGCCUACAUUCGACAACGCGGAUAUAGGACAGAACUUGAUAGCGAUUCAAAAUCAUCUCUGUGCGUUACAACUUAUGUCCAGCGCCCGGCAGCAACUGCAGCUCCUACUACAGCGACAGCAUAUCGAACACGAGGAACUGAAGCUCCGCCACUUUCUAGAAUUGGAAAAGUUCCUGAAGCAACAGAAGGAAGAAAUGAAACCACAGCCCCAAGCGCAACCUCAACCCCAACCUCAACAGCAAACGCUCCCGCAAUCGCUCCCGCAGCAACAACAGCCGCAGCAGCAGCAGGCACAACCACAAGUGGUAGCUCCAUCUGCUGCACCGAUAGCAGCGGCAGCACAACUGAUCUCUACCGUAACACAAAUGGUCACAGCUUCUCCAACUGUACAGCAAAGCCAAGCACCGGUCGCACUGCCGAAUGGUGUGAUGCUAUCGGAAAUAGGCUCUCCAACAGUAGGUCCCAGUCGUGUGGUCGGGUUUGUUGACGUUGGUUCCAUGGGAACACCGGCACCGGCUUCCUCGUACGGCAGUAGUUAUACCAGCAGUGGGACCGAAGCGGACCAGGAAGUAGCUAGUCUGACCUCGCCUGCCAAUGUCGAAUCGAUGAUGAUGCAACCUCACCAGCAACAGUAAAGCAUUGCUGCAAUCCAUUGAAGGAAAAUGAUGUACUCAGUAAUGCUGCUCCCUGAUGCAUCCCAGGACAGAGAUAAAGAGAGAGAGAGAGUGAGAGUGCAACAGCAGCAGUCAGCGCCCCUCCAAUGAACAACGAUCUCAUUCCAAACUCCACAAGUGUGCUGACAUGCUGCGCAUAUGUUACACGAGUGGCUGGCACUGUACUGUGUCCACAAGUAUCCUGAUUCGCUGCUUCCUCCAAAACCACAUUCAUUCGCCUGCCAAUCGAAUACACCACGGUCCGCUUGUCGCAGAUUGCUGAGGUAUCUUUAGUUGUUUGAUAUAUGAUCAAAAGCGUGCAGAAGAAGAAGAAGUGCGAGCGACCAUGCUACGGGCACGAAGACAAAACUGUGGGGUAUGCUCGCGUGUGUAUGUAUGUGUGUAUGUGUGUAUGUGUGAGUGUGCUGUAACCAAAAUUCUUACAAACGUCCAAAUUGAUCGUUUAUCACACUACGUCCUACACCAAUGCACACCUACGGAUAAUAUCGCUGUGUCACUUUUCUAGUUAAUGUGCUAUUAAAGUGUAAGUUUUCUCUCUUCUUUUACUUCAUUCCGGCAUAGGAAAGUAAAAGGAUGUAGUCAGUCAGAGACAGACAAGCAAGCUAGCAAAAGAAGAAGGUUCCGGUGCCCGCGCACCAUAGAUAGCGUCUGCGUAUACUGCGCCUCUGCGCCGCUGCGCCGCUGCUCUCGUUGCUGCUUUUUGUAAAGAUUGAAUUCACCAUUGCAGAACAGAAGCUGCGGUUUAUUAGAAUAGUAAAUCGAUAUUUAGCGCAUUGAUGAGCGAGGUAGGUGCUGCGAGUGGAACGGUGCGUGCGUGCGUGUGUGUUGGUGUGGGUGUGUUACGAUAGCCAAACGAUAGCCAUUCUAACGUGACGAACUUGUUAAGGGAAGUGAAUACUAAGGACGACUCUUAUGACGAGGGAAAGUAAUGGAUGAAACAACCGAUGUUGAAGAAAAGGUUGCGGAAGUACACCAGUUGCUGGCGCGGGCCUCCUAAGGAAAACGCGAUGCGGAACGAGGAAGAAGGCUGCAAAACAGAUAAGAGGUGGCAUUAAACUCUAUUGUAUAAUAUUCUAUUCGAUAAAAUUAAGAUAUUAAAUAUCUAUUUAAAAG